AUGAAUGUAUCUGAAGAGAACUGUGAAGGAUUCAUGCAUUUAAAAAAAUCUAAACCAAAAUCUGAAUGGGAUAAAUAUGCAAUAAUUGAUCGAUCGAAUUGGUUCAAAUCACAAAUCACUAAUAGUCCAAGUCCUACACGUUAUGAUAUAAAACGACUAGUUGUCGUACGUCCGAUUUCUUAUGGUUUCAAGAAUACUGGUCGAAUGAGACAAUGCUCAACAUUUACUAAUGAUGGUUUAUGGUUACUUCCCGGUGCCUAUAACGUUAAUGGAGUAGACGAAAAAUUAAAUCAAUGUCAUAGAACAUAUUCAUUUAAAAAUAUACCGAGAAAAUUUAAUGAUUUAUUGUUUGGUUUACAAGAUAAAAAUUUGUGUUUAGCUCCCGGCCAGUAUAACCCUUAUGGUGAAGAGCAGAUUAAAAAAACACAGUUGCCUUCAUAUCACAGUGUAUUUAAAUCAAAAUACCCCAGAUCUGUUUCAAGUCAAAAGCAAGAUAAUGUGCCUCCACCAGGUGCUUACAAUUUGUCAUUUAAUGAAACAUUUGGAAUAAUCUCUCCAUUUGUAUCACAGGUACCCAGAUUUAAACGUUCAAAAUCGUUUGUCCCAGGUCCUGGUACGUAUAAUAUCAAUUGA